AUGCGAUAUAUAGAAUUCGAGAAGAAUGUCUACGCUCUCCAACGGAAGAGGGUCAAGCGGUUGGGAAUACGCUUCAAGGGCUAUGGGCAGCGUGGCAUUUACUUCCUCUACAACCGUGCGACACGCAAGUUCUCAGGGGAUUUGUCGCUGUGGAUGCAAUACAUCGACUUUGCGCGCAAAGACAAGGCGUACAAGAGAAUGAGCGACAUCUUCACCUCGGUAGCACGACUGCAUCCUACCAAGCCCGACAUAUGGAUCCUCGCUGCGAAUUAUUUCAUGGACACCCAGGCGGACAUGACCAAUGCGCGAAGCUACAUGCAACGCGGUUUGCGCUUUUGCAAGAAUUCUGAAGUCUUGUGGCUUGAGUACGCAAAAUUAGAGACGAUUUACAUUGGAAAGAUUGCAGGUCGGAGGAAGAUUUUGGGCUUAGAUGUCGACCGCGCAGAACAACAGACUGGGAAAGAUGAGGACGAGGACCUGAUUGCGCUUCCACAAAUCACGGCAGAGGACGUGAACCCGAGCUUAAAGCAAGAUGGUGUAGAUGAGGUGGCGCUGCAGAACCUAGCUUCGGCACCCAUUCUAACAGGCGCCAUUCCGCUUGCCAUCUUCGACUCCGCCAUGAAACAAUUUCAGGGCAAGCCCAAAGUCGCCGAAAACUUCUUUGGCAUGUUUGCCGAGUUUGAACAAUUAUCGUGCAUACCACGCAUUUUGGAGCACAUUCUUGACUAUCUCGAGCAAAACUCGUCACAAGCUGUAGAGACUGCCAUCUGCAGAUUUUACAUGCAGCUAUUCGGCUGCAAUCCUGCCAAGCCCGAGUUUCCUGCAGCACUGGGCGACGCGCUCGACCUGAUAAGCUCUGCCAUUCAGGAAAACCCAAAUGAUGCUCUCCGACUCUCGGAAAUCGCAGUUCGCCGAUUGUUAUCGUACAGUAAUCGGUUGUCUGCGGAUGUGGAUCCAGCUCUGGAGCGGGCCAUCCGUGUGACACUUCGAAAAUAUGUACGAGCGCUCGAGGACGUCGGAGGCUCUGGUGACAGGGUCACAAGCCUCGCCAAGGGUUUGCAGCAAGAGGGAAGAAGAGCAGAAGCUGAGAGGUUGAUUUGUUUGAGUAUUAAGCAAUGGCCUGCGAAUGAUGAGCUGCAGAAGCUGUAUUCCGCCUUGGAAACGUGA